UUACGCCGAUCGCCCUUUGAACCCUUCUGGAGGUCUCCGGCCGGUCGGCGAGUCAGUUGUUGCCUAGAGCCAAAGCCGAGAACACCGUUAUACCUGCCUAUCUAAACCCGUGUUGUGCGCCAUUGAUGGUUUUUACGACCUGCCCGUGUCCCUUAGGAGUUCGGUACCAAACGUCUGAAUCCGCCGGAGACUGUGGGGCCCUACCUAGUCGAAGAAAGAAGAGGACGACUGGGGCCGAGCUGCUUGAACUCGUUGGGGCAGCCUUACGUCAUUCGUGAUCAUCACCUGGACCACUUGUGUCUUGCCGGUUCCGGGUGGGGGCUUCUGGAGGUCAAGGGAGCGAAGUGAGUGUAACCUUAUGUAUGUAUUACCUUCUACAGUGUUUAUAAACAACCAGUUACUAACGUACAAGAAUUACCAUUUGUUUAUUAACCACUAACAAAGGUGUUGGUUGAAGAAUUUCUUUUGUGUUUUAAAUUUAACAAUCUUGAUAGCUUUACAAAGUUAACAUGUCUCCCAAAAUGGAAAUAGAGUCAGAAUAUAAAACAUUAAUUUCCCAAAGAGAAAAGGUUUUUACAAGUGUGCAAUCAAUACUCAAUUAUUCCAAAUCCCUGUCAUGUGACAAGGUAAAAUCAUUUGUUCCGAGAUUGGAAAGAUUGAGUACAUUAGAAGAACGGUUUGAUGAUAUCCAGAAUAGAGUUAUCACAUUUAAUUCAAAAAUCGGGGAUCCUUCUUUUAUCAUUAAAGUAAAUGAAGUUCAAACCGCGUUUGAAGAUAUGGUCUUUGCGGCUAAGGCUGCUUACUUAGAAUAUGACAAAAAGGAAGAACCACAGGUUAAUGUAUCACAGAAUUCCGAGACCCCUGCUUGUGAUAACUUAGCGAAGUUGGAGAUAGCUCCCUUCUCUGGCCGAAUUGUCGAAUGGCCAGGAUUCUUGGGCCUGUUUGAAUCGUUGAUAGAUAGUAAUAAGCGUUUGACUAACGUUCAAAAAUUUCAGUACCUUCAGACAUUAGUGGUCGGGGAUGCACAGUCCGUUAUCUCUCCGUAUCACUUAUCUGAACAAAAUUACGCGUUAGCUUUAAAUGCUUUAAAAGAGCGUUAUCAAAAUAAACGAAGGUUAGCACAAAUGUAUAUAGAUAAUAUUUGUAACUUUGGUAAAAUGCCCAAUGGAAAUGCACAUAAUUUACAAAGAUUUCUGAAAGUUCAUACAACUUCGGUAAAUGCCUUCAAAGCGUUAGAAAUUUCUGAUCAAGCUGAUUAUUUGUUUUUACAUCUGGCGUUACAUAAUUUAGACCACAAAACCCGGAAGGCUUUUGAGAGUAAACACUCGUCAAAUUCAAUCCCGCUUUAUAAACAACUUGUAGAAUUUGUUAUUGAAAUGUGUCGAACUAAUGAACUGUUAGAAUCAACCGUAAAAGAGCCUAUUAACAACCGCAAACCAAGCAUGGUCUUGUUUACCAAACCGGUUGAAACUAAAGACAAUGCUGGGUCUACUCGAGUCUCUGGCUCGAAUAAAAGUUUGCACUGCCCGUAUUGCAACAGCUCUCAUGCUGUGUCCAAAUGUACAGCCUUUCGUGCCCUCAGUGUUGAUAGUAAAUAUGAAUUUUUGCGGAAACGUCAUUUAUGUUUUAACUGUCUAGGACCACACCAACGAAAACAUUGCAAAUCUCAACGAACUUGUACACAAUGUCAUAGUAAUAAACAUCAUAGUUUGUUACACCCAUCCAAUAGUGAACCUGAAGGUAAAUCAUCAGUGCCCACAUACGAGUCUGAAACAUCCCUAUUUUCUUCUGUAACGGAAACACCGUCAUCUCUUCGCAGAUCUAAGGUUUCUGGUACAACGGUAAAACCCAAAUUAGUCUUGUUGGGUACUGCCAAGGUUUUGAUCCGGGAUUCGUGCGGUCAAUUCCAGUUAGCUAGAGCUGUGUUGGACUCUGGUUCUCAGGUGUCUGCGAUAACUUCGUCAUUAGUUCAAAAGUUGGGACUUCAACUUGUUAAAGUCGAUUGUGAAAUAACUGGUAUUUCCAAUGAUCGGGUGAAAGUGUGUGGUGCCGUGAAUUGUGUUAUUGCCUUACGAUAUGAUUCGCAUUCGUUCCCGUUAAAUCCUAUAGUGUUGACGACCAUUGCCCAGUCUUUACCCAGUUUACCCGUAUCAGAGCUAAAAGAUCAAUUUCGGCAUUUUUCCCUUGCUGACGAGGAAUUUUAUUUACCUUCCAAAGUUGACCUUCUUUUAGGAGCUGAUAUUUACCCAAAGCUUCUACAAACCCCUAACCCAAUAAUAAUUCCAGGAGAACCUAGUCUGUUCCAAACCAUAUUUGGUUUNUUGUCUGGCUCUUCAGACCCGACGACCAUCCUCGCGGGGGGGGGGGACAAGGAAGAUUAA